CGCCCCUCCUCCUCGCCCCAGCCCCGCACCGCCUCGCCCCUCCGCCUCGCCCCUCCUCGCCCCCGCACCGCCUCGCCAGAACUCGGAGGGGGCGAAUCGCCGCGGCGUGGUGGGCGGGCGUCGUCGUCGCACGCGCGGGAACGGAAGGGGCGCCGGAGUCGAACCCUGGGAGUGAGCGCACCCCAAGUACUUCGACCGCCGCGGCGCGGGGGCGGGCGGUCGUCGUCGUCGUCGUCGCACGCGCGCACGGGAAGAGGAGCCGGAGUCGAACUCCAGAGGCAUCCCAAGGUCGAGUCCUUCAAGCACUGGGUGGAGGUCGACCCCAGGUACUUCGGUUGCGGCGGCGCGGGGCCGGUCGUCGUCCUCGUCGCACGCGCGCACGGGAAGGGGGGCCGGAGUCGAACCCCAGAGGCAUCCCAAGAUCCAGCCCUUCAAGCAGCGGGUGGAGGUCGACGAGUUCAUCCACAACUCCUGGAAGAGAAGAUCGACGAUCCCAUCGAUCAUGAGGAUUGCUCGGUUGGCGCUCCAGAUCCGAUCAUUGCUUACAGGCAGCCCAAGUCCUCGGAAACCUUUUCUGUCUCGGCAUGUCUCAAGCUUUCCUAAAUGGGACUGCACUCCAGCAAGCAAUAGAAGCUGGCACUCAAGGGAAAUAGAUGUUAAAGAUCUCGAAGAUCCAAUCAGCUUUUACCAGAGAAACCCAAUCUUCGAUAAUAUUCUGACGAACAAGCUUGUUGGGAGACCAACAAGCAAGAAAGAUAAGACAAAGAUCAAUGAGUUCCGUGCAAAGAUAUGUCGGAUGGAUCAAGAAAUACUUUCAGAAUUGGCUGCAUUCGGGAUCAGGUCAUUAGCAACAGGGGUUUUGAGACAUCACGUUGGGGGUAUCCAUUUAGGUGGUUCUGUGAAUCUGUCCAACUUAAGGAUAUGUAAAUCUUCUGGGGAGUGGAUCUUGCUAAACACAAUGCCAAAGGAAUCGACGGAAACUCUUACUUUGAAGCAUAGAUCUGAGGAUUGGAUUGCGAUAAGGAAGCUUGUCAAGGAUGUUGUAGAGGCUGUCUGUGGAUCUCAGAUUGUCUAUCCAGUAGACUUUCAGCAUUGGCUGGAUCAAUUAGCAAAACCAAAUCCAAGGAUAUUCCUGAUAUUAUAUCAUACUGUUUUCCUGAGAUUGAACCCUAGGUUUUACUAUCACAUCCAGAUGGAUCAAUAUUUCUAA